AUGGCUUACGUCAAUGCUCAAGGCGAUGCGCCCCUCGCACCUGUCUCGGAGCUGUUCAGCCUUCAAGGGAAGACCGCCGUUUGCACAGGCGCUACUGGUGGACUGGGGCUUUCAAUGUCAAUCGCAUUGGCAGAAGCCGGUGCAGACAUUGUCAGUAUCCAAAUCGCGAAUGACCCCCGCGCGGACAUGCUGAAGGAGGCGGUCGCGGCAUGCGGACAGAAACUUCAGGUGUUCGAAACAAACGUGGCUGAUUCCGUUGCCUUGAGAAGGUGUUUCGCGGAGAUCUGGGCUGCUGGCGUCGUGCCCGAUAUUUUGCUCAACUGUGCAGGGAUCAAUCGACGUGCCAAAGUGGAGGACUUCACGGACGAGGACAUCGAUGCUAUCUAUGCCAUCAAUCAAAAGGCUAGCUUCGUGGCGGCCCAGGAGGUAGGGAAGAAGUUGCUGGAAUUGAAGCGACCGGGAAAGAUCAUCAAUAUAGCAUCCAUCAUCUCGUUUAUCGGCAACUAUAACAUUGCAGCAUACGCCGCCACCAAAGGUGCAGUACUGCAAAUGACCAAAGCCAUGUCCAAUGAAUGGGCUAAGCAUGGCAUCAAUGUCAACUGUAUUUGCCCUGGAUACAUCAUGACGGCCAUGACAAAGAACUAUACAGAGGACAAAGAAUACUACAACUACAUCAUCGGAAGAACACCUGCAGGACGAUGGGGGCUACCCGAGGAUUUCAGAGGAGCGAUCAUUUUCCUCGCCUCCAAAGCCUCUGAUUUUGUUUGUGGCACCAGCUUGGUUGUGGACGGUGGUAUGAUUGCGAAGUAA